AUGAUUAUAUCUGGCUCUACGAAAUUGCUGUAUGAAAUUAAUGAUGACCCCAAACGAAAAGAAUUCUUAGAUGAUCUCUUUCAAUUUAUGCAGAAACGAGGCACGCCUAUAAAUCGACUUCCUAUAAUGGCAAAAUCAGUUCUGGAUCUGUUCGAGUUGUACAACUUGGUCAUAGCACGAGGAGGACUAGUAGAUGUUAUCAACAAGAAACUCUGGCAAGAAAUCAUUAAAGGACUUCACUUACCCAGCAGCAUUACAUCGGCCGCAUUUACAUUACGCACACAAUACAUGAAAUACUUAUAUCCAUAUGAAUGUGAUAAGAAAAAUCUGAGUACACCCAGUGAAUUACAAGCAGCAAUUGAUGGAAACAGGCGCGAAGGACGACGAUCGUCGUAUGGACAAUAUGACGCAGUUCAACGUAGCCCAGUGCCUUCGAUGCACUUGUCACAGCAAAUGUCGCCGUUGUCGCUGGUGACGCACCACGCGCAUCAUGUGCACCAGGCGCAUCAGGCCGCGCAGCAAGCGGCCGCACAGCAGCAACGAGUUGCUGGAUUUUCACUAAUGGGUCAUGGACCCGUCGCCGGUUUAGCGCCGCACGAAAUCGAGCAGCGCAUGAUGGAAUACAUGAAACUGUUCCAGCAUAAAGAAACUAGGCGUCUAGGUUCCCAAUCGCCCCCAGAAACAGUGUCUCCCCGUGAUGCGGCUUUGAGCGCGCUCGAGAUGUCACGUCUAACGUUAUGGAAUCUAUAUAACAACAAUACAUCCCCGCCAUCUAGCAUCAACAAUACUUCACCGCCAGGCACUCUGGGUAUCGAACCACAGCGGGAAGCUCUAAACUUGAGUGAAUCGCCACCACACACGAACCAGCACAAUUCAUCGGGAUUGGGAAACGGAGUUAGCGUGAAACGCGAGUUAACCGAACGCGACCCUCCGCCACCAGCAAAGCGUGUGGGAGGAUUGGCGUCAACGGAUUUGGCCGACGGUGUAGAUAGCGCGACCAUCGCCGAUGAAGAAGAACCCGAAGGUCUGGGACAGCCAGCACCGGUUGUUUUAGGCACACACUUCAAGAUCACAAGUAGAGGUGAUUCGAGUGCAGGUGACCAACAAUUAGUAGUGACCAUAGAACUUAAUGGUGUUCUAUAUGAAGGAGUAUUAUUUGCUAAUAAUUCAAGUGCACCACAUUCACCACAAGCGCAGCGCCCUCGUCCCAUGGUAACAUAA